AUGGCGACAUGGUACAGCCUGCCGAUCGAAAUCCAGACCAUGAUUCUAAAGCUGCUCCAAUCUCACAGCGAUAGCAGUACUACGAGCAGUUAUGCAGCCGUCUCGAAAGAAUGGCAGCUUUACUUUGAGAGAUUCAAUUUUCGGCGCUUGAUUCUCCACCAGUCAUGUGUCCCAGAAUUUGGUCGAGUCGUCCGCCGCCACCGGAGGGGCAUGGUCAAGCACGUUUGGCUACGAGUUGAACUUGCUCCAUACGUCUGCCCCGCUUGCGAAUGGCCGGAGAGGCCAUUUGAGAUUUUAGAUAAUAACCAAACUUUUACAGCAGCUAUAUAUCGACUACUCGAAGUCUUCAGCACCUGGAAGAAAAACGGACAGUAUGGUGUCUCUAGUGGCGGAUUGGUCUUGGAGCUCAGCGCUUAUUCGCCAAGCGACUCGGAGCAUUUUUUCAAAUACCCUCUUGGUAAAGACGAUUACCCCCACAAAUACGAUGAAACCUGCAUAGUAGACGAUUCCGUAAAAGCUGGGCCCUCAGACAAUCUCCCAGAAGAUCAUACCUCACAGAAUAAUACCUCUCAUCGGACUUUCGGUACACCUUAUAUCAGAGUCACACCGGGAACUUGCCGCCUCUUUGGAAGUCUUCUUAAACUCGAUUACGGAAAGCUCGAUAUUCCAAAGGCGAAUAGAAGGCUGCCAGGCGUUUCAGUUGUGAAAGCAUUGCUUCACCGCCGACGUUAUCCUCGAAGUUUCCACCCCGAUACAUUGCUCAACAUUUUCAAGAGCUUACAUGGUCUGGAGAACAUAGUACUGGAGCCUUGGAUCCAGAAUUAUCCAUGCCCCGAUAAGAAUGUCCAACGCGGAUUCGAUGUGUUUUUACGCCAUAUUAGUUCUCUUAAGCGCCUUUCUAUCUAUGGCGAUCACCUGGAUGUUGGUACAAAUGGGUUGAGUCCAUACAAGAUUAUGCCAUCUUUGGGAUGGACAUUGACGGAUGAGAGCCACUUGCUCGAGCAUCUGUCAAUUGCCUUUCUAGCAGAUGCAAAAGACUUUUUUCAAGAUUUCUGGCCAGGUUAUGCGCCAAAUUCUGUCGACAAGUCACGCAGUGGAGUGCAAAGAGAUCUUCUAUCUCGUCUAUCAUCUCCCCAACGCCGUGCCUUAGGCAAACCCCGCAGGUCACCAGAUUUCGAACGAAGGCUUGUUAAAGCAUUCAAGCGCAUCAACGGAAGGCAAAGAAUUCCUCCAUCAAUCUAUAAGCCUACAUGGCCGAAUUUAGAGUCAAUAGCACUCACCUCGUCACUGCUCGAUAUGGCCGCGGAUACUAAGUCUAUCAACAAUCUCCUCCGGGCUGCAGCAGGUGCUGCUCUCGAGAUGCCCAAGUUACAGACCAUGGAAAUGUUCAGCCAAAGAGCCAUGAGUGUGUUCGUUUUCCAGUACUGCCGUAGCCUGGACGGAAUGCCCACAAUCACUAUAUCCAAUUCAUGA